GUAAAAAUUGAAUGGUUUUUACUGAUAUUCACUUUAUAUCUUUAUUUUCUGUCAACCACAUCUUACAUACAUUUAUAUCUAUACAUUUAAGCUGGCAGGUUGCUCAACCAUGCUAUUUGUUUCCCUCUUGUUUUGAUCAUCCAAAGCCUGUUUUGGAGUUCAGAAAAAUGGAGAUAGAAGCAGACACUGCUAAAGAAAAGGGUGUUGCUGAGUGUGGAGAAGCGAUGGAAGUUUCAGAAAAGAGAGGAAUGUAUCUUGUGUGGGAAGAUUUAACCGUUGUGGUUCCAAAUUUUGGAGAUGGACACACUAAGAGAUUGCUUAACGGAUUGAGUGGAUAUGCUGAACCUAACAAAAUCAUGGCCAUCAUGGGUCCUUCUGGCUCUGGAAAAUCUACUCUUCUUGAUGCUUUAGCAGGAAGGCUCUCCAGAAACGUUAUCAUGUCUGGAAAUGUGUUUCUAAAUGGAAAGAAGAGGAGAUUGGACUAUGGCGGUGCUGCUUAUGUGACCCAAGAAGAGACAAUGCUGGGAACUCUGACAGUGAGAGAGACAAUAUAUUACUUAGCUAAUCUAAGGCUUCCAGGGAGCAUGAGGAGAGAAGAGGUGAAUGAGAUAAUAGAAGGAACGAUUAUGGAAAUGGGUCUUCAAGAAUGUGCAGAUCGGAUAAUAGGGAAUUGGCACUUGAGAGGUAUAAGCGGUGGAGAAAAGAGAAGACUCAGCAUUGCUCUUGAAAUCCUCACAAGGCCAACUCUUUUGUUCCUUGAUGAACCCACCACUGGUCUCGACAGUGCAUCAGCAUAUUUUGUUGCUCAAACUCUCAGAAAUUUGGCUCAUGAUUCAAAGACUGUUAUCUCUUCUAUACACCAACCAAGUAGUGAGGUUUUUGCACUCUUUGAUCAUCUCUUUCUUCUCUCUGGGGGUCAAACAAUAUACUUUGGACCUGCACAAAAGGCAACUCAGUUGUAUUUUCGCAUGCAGUUCUUCGCCAAAGCUGGAUUCCCAUGUCCAAGUAGAAGAAACCCUUCUGAUCAUUUCCUUCGUUGUAUCAAUUCAGACUUCGACGCUGUUACAACCAAAAUCACGGCCUCCCAAACAAGACAAGAAGAAGUUUCAUUAUCAACUGCAGAAAUCAAAGCAACACUCAUAGAAAAAUACCGAUGGUCUGAGUAUGCAACCACUUCAAGAGAAAGAAUCAAGGAAAUAUCAAACAUAGAAGGACAUGAUUUUGAAAGUGAAAGGAAAUGCGAAUCCAGAUGGUGGAAGGAACUAUCAGUGCUGACUCGGAGAUCUUUCGUGAACAUGUCAAGAGAUUUGGGAUACUACUGGAUAAGGAUAACCACCUAUAUCGCCUUAUCUUUGUGCGUUGGAAUAAUCUUCCAUGAUGUUGGAACGAGUUACAGAGCCAUUUUUGCGAGAGGAUCAUGUGCUGGUUUUCUCUCAGGUUUCAUGACGUUCAUGUCCAUUGGGAGCUUCCCUUCUUUCUUAGAAGAAAUGAAGGUCUUCUACAAAGAAAGAAUGGGUGGUUAUUAUGGCGUUGGAGUCUACAUUCUCUCAAAUUUUCUGUCUUCCUUUCCGUUUUUGGCAGUGAUGUCCACAGCUACGGGGGCUAUAAGCUAUUAUAUGGUUAAGUCUAGUUCAGAAUUUUCACACUUUUUGUAUAUCACUCUUGAUCUUCUGGGCUGCAUUGCGGUUGUGGAGAGCUCCAUGAUGGUUAUAGCUUCACUGGUUCCCAACUUCCUCAUGGGAUUGACGAUUGGAGCGGGAUAUAUUGGUCUUAUGAUGAUGACUUCUGGCUUUUUCCGUCCGCUCCCUGAUAUUCCCAAAUUCUUCUGGCGUUACCCAAUAUCAUACAUCAAUUACGGCGCAUGGGGAUUAGAGGGGGCUUUCAAGAAUGACUUGAUUGGAAUGGAGUUUGACCCCUUAGAACCUGGUGACCCAAAACUGAAAGGAGAAUUUAUUCUCAAAACCAUGCUUGGAAUUCAAGUUGAUAAUUCAAAGUGGUGGGACAUAGCUGCAAUCAUGAUCAUCCUCAUAUUGCUUAGAGUUCUUUUCUUUUUCAUUCUCAAAUUCAAGGAGAGAGCUGCACCUUUUCUUUAUAGCAUCUACGCCAGGCAAACUCUGCAACGUAUAAAGAAGCGACCUUCGUUCAGGAAAGCACCAUCUUUUCCUUCCAAACGCCACCAAUCACUGCAUCCCUUGUCUCCUCAAGAGGAUCUCAACUCGCUCAUGCAUUAGAACCAUCAUUUGCUGAUACAAAUAU